AUGGCCGGCGGCGGCGCGGCGGGGGCCGCGCUGCUGGCGCUGGCGCUGGCGGCGGCGGGGGAGGCGGCGGCGGUGCUGCGCGACAGCGGCUACGAGGGGCUGGUGGUCGCCGUGCACCCCCGCGUCGCCGAGGACGCGGAGCUCCUCGCCCGCAUCCAGGAGAUGAUCAGUGAAGCUUCUUUCUAUUUGCUCAAUGCCACAAGAGGCAGAGUGCGUUUCAGGAGCGUGAAGAUUCUGGUACCCCCGACGUGGACGGAGAAGAGUUACGAGACUCCCAAGCACGAGUCCUAUGACACGGCAGAUGUCAUAGUGGCACCUCCUUAUUGGAAACAUGGAGAUAACCCGUACACCUUGCAACCUGGAGACUGUGGAAAGAUGGGAAAAUAUAUCCAUUUCACACCUAACUUCCUAGUAAACGAUUAUUUGAUGGAUAUCUAUGGCUCACGUGGCCGAGUCUUCGUCCACGAGUGGGCCCACCUUCGCUGGGGGGUGUUCGAUGAGUAUGACAGCGACAGACCUUUUUAUGUCACUGGCCAGAAUCAGGUUAAAGUUACAAGGUGUUCCUCUGAUCUUACUGGCAUCUAUGUCUGUGAAAAAAAAUCCUGCACUGAUGGUAGUUGUGUUAUUAAUAAGCUAACAGGGCUUUUUAAGGAAGGAUGUGCAUUUAUUCAUGAGAGAAAUCAAACUGCAGUAUCAUCAAUAAUGUAUAUGCAAAGUUUAUCAUCAGUGGCUGAAUUCUGUGAUGAACAUAACCAUAACAGAGAAGCACCCAAUCUGCAGAAUCGGAUGUGUGACUACAGAAGCACAUGGGAAGUAAUUAGAAACUCUACAGAUUUUAAGAAUAACCCUCCAGUAACCAACACCAGCCACAUUACUCCUCCCUCCUUUUCAUUGCUGCAGAAGAGAGACAGAGUGAUAUGUUUAGUGCUUGAUAUUUCUAAGAAUAUAGCUGGGGGUAGCUGGAUCAAUCGAUUGCAUCAAGCAGCAGAAUUGUAUUUACUGCAAAUUGUGGAAGAAUAUUCUUACGUUGGUAUUGUCACAUUCAGUCAUAUAGGAGAGAUCAAAACUCACGUGCGUCAGAUAGUCAGCGAUGAUGUACGGAAACAGCUUGCUUCAUACUUACCUGCAGCUUCAGGGAGCGAGAGAACAAAUGUUUGUGCAGGCCUGCAGCUGGCAUCUGAGGUCAUCAGGAAGAAAGAUGGAAAUAUAUAUGGAUCUGAAAUUAUACUGGUGACAGGUGGACAGGACAGUAGUAUGAAGAAGUGUUUUUCUGAUAUGGUUAACAGUGGAUCAGUCAUUCAUACAAUUACUGUUGGAUCUUCUGCUGCUAAGGAAAUCGAACAGUUUUCCAAAGAGACAGGAGGGUUGAAGUUUUUUGUCCCAGAAAGACUGGACUUCAGUGACUUACUGGAUGUUUUUAGUGGAAUUUUGUCCAGAAGUGGAGAUACUUUCAAUCAAUCUAUUCAGAUUGAAAGUGCUAGUGACAGUAUUGGAGGGUACAAACAACUGCGUAGGACAGUGACUAUUGAUAGCACAGUGGGAAGAGAAACCUUCUUUGUAGCCAUUUGGCAAACCCCUGAACCUCCAAAGAUCACACUCUCUGAUCCCAGUGGGAAAAGCUACACCAACAAGGACUUUGACAUUGAUUCCAUUUUCCAUGUAGCUCGUCUGAAGAUUCCAGGAAUUGCAGAGACAGGGGAAUGGAUAUACACACUGACAAAUAUUCACCUUUCUCCUCAAGUUUUAACAAUGAUAGUAACUUCUCGAGCAGCAAAUUCUACUGUUCCUGCUGUGUCUGUGAAAGCCCAUAUGAGCAAAGAUAUAAAUGACUAUCCCAAUCCAAUGGUUGUCUACGUACAAGUUAGUCAAGGGUUUUCACCUAUUCUUGGAGCAAAUGUGACUGCCAUUAUCAGUCCAGAGAAUGGAGAUCCAAUUUCCUUGGAACUUUUUGACAACGGAGCAGGCUCUGACAUUGUCAAGAAUGAUGGUACCUAUUCAAAGUACUUGUUUUCUUUCCCUGAGAAUGGCAGAUACAGCCUGGAAGUCCAUGUCCAAGCUAACAGAACUAUCAUACCACAAAUUGCAAUGCUGUGGAGUCAUGCCAUGUAUAUACCAGGUUAUGCAGAAAAUGGUAAAAUCAAGAUGAACCCAUCAAGACCCUCAGUUAUUAAAAAUGAUCUUCAAAUCAGCAGAGGAGGUUUCCAAAGAAUAGCUGCAGGAUGCUCCUUUAUAAUAUCUGCAGUUCCAGUGGGACCUUAUGCUGAUGUGUUUCCACCAUGCAAAAUUAUUGAUCUUGAUGCCAGAAUAGAAGAUGAUAAAGUCGUAUUAUCAUGGACAGCACCAGGAGAUGAUUUUGACAAAGGCAAAGCUGCAGGUUAUGAAAUCAGAACAAGUGAAACUCCUCUGGAUCUAAGGGACAACUUUUAUAACACUACUUUUGUGAAUGCUUCCAGUCUCUCACCUGAGCAUGCGGGUUACCAAGAAAUAUUUGCAUUUAAACCAGAAGCUUUUACAACAGGAAACAUCACCAUAAUCUAUGUAGCUAUACGGGCCGUUGAUGAAGUCUUUCUUUACUCUGAGCUGUCUAAUAUUGCACAAGCAGUAAUGUUUAUUCCUCCAAUGGAUUAUCCUAUUUCUAAUAUGGAGUUUAGUGUUUCAACAACAUUAUUACUAGUCUUUGGAUUAUUAGCGGCAGUUUGUCUUACAGCAAGUACAACCCUUUGCUUAUUAAAGAAAAAGGGCAAAAAAACUUCUUUAGAAACUACAACUAAGUUGCUUUAA